AUGGCCUUUCCCCUCCCGCGGGGCAUUACGCCCCCGGAGAUAUCCUUUCUUGCUGAAAUGGAGAUGGUCACCAUUCUUCCUCGUCAACGAUUGGAGGGAUUGGAGCUUCUCGGGAAAGAAUAUAUCAAAUCAGUAUUCAGUCUACUUGAGGGUCUACACACGUCUAACAUGAUGGAUCAGGGCCCCAUUGAGCCUCUCCUGCCACCUCGGCGCGCUUCUCUUCCCCUUUGGCUGGCUCUACUUCUUAAACGCCAACGCCGCGCAAAUAUCCUUCCUCCGCCCUGGCUCCAUCCAGAAUCUCUUUCCCUCAUCCUCGAGAUCGAAACCCAACACCACGAGUACCAGCAUGCAUUCUCCCCGCCGCCUCCACUUCCAGGCCAACCAAGCCUUCGAGAUCGCGGACAACGACCCGUCUCUAUGCCUCGCUAUACCCCGGAUGGCGGACGGUACUACCCAGCACCGCCAUUCCUACCCCAGAAUGUCGCGCAGGACCAUGUUCCAUCUGGCGAGCCCCCAUCGCUGCCAUUUCACUGGCUAGAGAUUGGAACGAUGCUUCUUGAUGCCGCCAGUGAUGACUUAGUGGACCCGGACCAGACCCGGAGGCUCUUGAAAGAACUGCGUGAGGUGCGAACGGCUAAGAUAAGAUCAGGCGUGGAUGCGCUAGAUGCUGCUUCCACUGGCGGGGGUGGAGUAGCACUAACCGGUGUCGGGGCGAUGGAGGUUGGAGAGGGGAGAGGGUUCAUUGCUGGUGUUGUCGAUGGACUAAGAAAAAUUGGUGCAUCAAAAGAGCAAGCGCGGAGAGAGCAGAUGGCAGAAGAUAUGGCCAAUGGUGGAUAUGACGCUACGCAAGACGACGAUGAUGAGAUGGAGUUCUAA